AUGGGCGUGCUGGGCCAGAGGUUUCGCAGGCACAGCCCGGCCAGGAGCUCGCCGUCCUGGCUGUGCCGCUGCUUUGGCAGCCGCCGCGGGGAAGGAGGGGACAAAAGCUCUGCCUUGCUGGCUGCAGACGGGCAAGUUCACACACCCAGAGCCGGGCGGCUGCGGGGCACAUGCCGAGGGAACGCGGUGGGGGCGGCGGGCGGGCGGGUCCCGGAGACGGCGCUGGGGUCUGACGGUGCGGCGUCUGCCCGGGACGAUGGCCUCGCGCUGUCCGCGCUCAAGCGCCUGCAGCGAUCGCAGCGCACGGACCGUCUGGACGCGCUGUUUGGCUUCGAGCGGCCACCGGAGCCUGGCGAGCGCACGGGCUCGCUGAGCAACACGCAUCCGACGGAGGUGCUGGACGAGGACCGGCGGUCCGUGAGCGCUGUGGAUUACUACUUCAUCCAAGAGGACGGAGCCGCUUCAACGUCCUUGCCCUACAAGCCCUACUUCUGUGUUGCUACCCAGAAGGGCUGCGAGCUAGAAGCGUCCUCCUUCCUCUCCAAGAAAUUCCAAGGGAAGAUUGCGAAGCUGGAGACUGUUCCCAAAGAAGAUUUGGACCUGCCAAACCACUUGGUAGGCCUGAAGAGGAACGACAUCAAGCUGUCCUUCAACACGGUGGAUGAGCUGGUGAAGGUGAGGAAGGAGAUCUCACCUGCUGUAAGGAAGGACAGAGAGCGAGACGCUGCGAGCGACGUCUACGCAGCCACGUUGGCAAGUGCUCUGAGUGGAGGUAGCCUGAGCACAGAGGAAGAAGGGGCUUCCAGAGAGGUUGCCAGCCAGAUGGACAACAUUAUGGAUAUGUGGGAGUACGACGUUCCCUACCACGUUCGUCUCUCCAUUGACCUGAAGAUCCACGUGGCUCACUGGUACAACGUGCGGUGCCGGGGCAGCACCUUCCCCCCCAAAAUCACCCGCCGGGACGAUUUGGGGGAGCGGCCGGAUCCCGUCGUUCUCGCCUUUGACCCUGAAACUACCAAACUGCCUUUGAAGUUUCCUGAUGCAGAGACAGACCAGAUCAUGAUGAUCUCCUACAUCCUAAGUUCCAAGGGCUACCUGAUCACAAACAGGAAGAUUGUCUCUGAGGAUAUUGAGGACUUUGAGUUUACUCCCAAGCCAGAGUACGAGGGUCCGUUUUGUGUCUUUAAUGAACCAGAUGAGGCUCAUCUGAUCCAGAGGUGGUUUGAACACAUCCAGGAGACCAAACCCAACAUCAUUGUCACAUAUAAUGGAGACUUCUUUGACUGGCCCUUUGUGGAAGCGAGAGCAGCAGCUCAUGGAAUUAAUAUGUAUUGGGAAAUUGGAUUUCAAAAGGACAGCCAGGGAGAGUACAAAGCAUCCCAGUGCAUCCACAUGGACUGUGUGAGGCUGGCAUGA